AUGUACCAGAAAUAUCGGAAUUAUAAUAAUAAUUUUCCAGUAGCUUCGUUGAUGGAUAUUGGAGUGAGGUUUGGCGAGUCUCGGCCACAGAAGGUUCGUCGGUUUUUGGCGAGCACGGGGCCCAAGACCAGGCUGGUUGCGUUCAUUGUGUUUGUGUUUUUUGCGCUUCGCUAUUUCGCAGGCAGCAAGCCGGUCGUUGUUUCUGAGUCGGAGCCCAACGAUGUGCAGGACCUGAUCGACGAGAACGAGAUCCGGCGCGAGAAGAUCCAGUAUCUGAACUUUGCACAGCCGUUCUUGAAUCCGGCCACGCUGUCGCUGGUGAACUACGAAAACGGCGGCAACAUGGUGAUGAAGAAAGACGCAGAGUAUGUGCGAUUGGUGCCGGAGCAGCCCAACUCUGUUGGGUAUGUGUUUUCGCGGCUGCCGAUCUCGCUGAAGGAGGCAGGUGCGUUUGAGGCCGUUGUGGACUUCCGGAUCCACGGCGAGCAGAACCGGAUGUCGCUGAUUGGCGACGGUAUGGCGUUUUGGCUCACCUCGGAGCCAUUGAGCCAGGGUAAUCUGUUUGGCAUGCAGAGCAACUACCACGGGCUGACGGUGAUUCUGGAUACGUUCAAGAACACGCAGAACCGGCUGCGCAAGUCCAACGGCGCCACGAGCUUCCCGCGUGUGUCUAUCCAGACGAACAACGGCGUGCACGACAAGUACAACAAGGACGACGACGGAACGAGCACCGAGAUCGGCAGCUGUUCGCUGCACCGCGUGUACAACACGCGCACAGACACCCCGUCGCGGAUGCGGCUGAUGUACGUGCGGUCGUCGAACCUGUUCCAGGUGGACUUUGACGUUCUGGGCGAUGGUAGCUGGAAAACGUGUUUCACCACCAAGGAGCUGUCGUCGAGUCUGAUUCCGCAGACGCCGUAUUUUGGCGUCAGUGCCGAGACCGGCGAACUCUCGCACAACGUGGAUCUGUACGGGAUCGAGGUGAGCGCCCUGAAGGAUACACAGGGCAACUCUGUGCGGUCGGUGGACGCUUUGAUGGACAAGCUCGACGACAAGAUCGACGCCGAGAACAAACAGUCCGAGGCCAAGCGUCGUCACCGUCGCCUGGAACGCAAACCCAAGCCCGUGAGAAGAAAGUCCUCGCGUCGGCUCAAGCAGUCCGAAAACAGAGCAAAGAGACGGAACAUGGAGCUGCACAACGACGAACGCGGGGCCAUUGGCUCGUUCUUCUCCCUGGUGUGGGCCGUGAUCAAGUACACGGUGUACACGGCGAUGGCGCUCGUGCUGGCGUACAUCGGGCUGCUGGCGUACCGCGUGUAUCGCGAAAAACGCAGAAAGCCCCAGCGCGGGCUAUUGUAG